AUGGCGUCUCCUCUUCUCUGGACUCUCUUCCUCAUCUCCAUCAUCUUCUUCCUCAAAUCACACGCGGAACAAGAAGACACUCCGAUCACUCGCUUCCAGCAAUACUUGAGAUUCAGAACCGAUCAUCCAAACCCUAACUACACCGCAGCAGUCUCUUUCCUCAUCAACCAAGCUCAAUCAAUCAAUCUCUCCACUCGAACAAUCGAAUUCGUCCCGGGGAAACCAGUCCUUCUCCUCACAUGGCUCGGCUCAAACCCUAAACUCCCUUCGCUCCUCUUCAACUCUCAUCUCGACUCUGUCCCCGCCGAAGCAGACAAAUGGAUCCACCCGCCGUUCUCCGCUCACCGAACCGACGACGGCCGCAUAUACGCUCGCGGCGCGCAGGACGACAAGUGCAUCGGCGUUCAGUAUCUUGAAUCAAUCAAAAACUUGAAAUCGAGAGGCUUCUCUCCUCUCCGUACUGUACACAUCUCUUACGUCCCCGAAGAAGAGAUCGGAGGAUUCGAUGGGAUGGAGAAGUUCGCGGUUUCAUCGGAGUUUGCAGAGUUGAAUGUUGGAUUCGUUGUGGACGAAGGUCAGGCGAGUCCUGGAGAUGAGUACAGAGUUUUCUACGGUGAUCGGACUCCAUGGGAGCUUGUUAUCCGAGCUGAAGGCAUACCAGGGCAUGGUGCUAAGCUUUAUGACGAUGGAGCUAUGGAGAAUCUGAUGAAGAGUGUUGAGUUGAUCUCUAGGUUUAGAGAGACGCAGUUCGAUUUCGUUAAAGCAGGGAAAGCUGCGAAUUCAGAAGUUAUCUCUGUGAAUCCAGUUUAUCUCAAAGCAGGAACUGCUUCCAACACUGGAUUUGUGAUGAAUAUGCAACCAUCAGAAGCAGAAGCUGGAUAUGAUCUAAGGCUGCCUCCAAUGGCAGAUCCAUAUGCUCUGAAGAAAAGGAUUGCUGAAGAAUGGGCUCCUUCUAUCAGGAACAUGACUUAUACAAUAAAAGAGAAAGGAAAGUUAAGGGAUCAUUUAGGGAGAGUUAUAAUGACAUCAACGGAUGAUUCAAAUCCAUGGUGGUCUAUCUUCAAGAAAGCUGUUGAAGCAACUGGAGGAAAACUGGCAAAGCCCGAGAUUCUACUUUCGUCUACUGAUGCAAGAUAUAUUCGCAGUUUGGGCAUUCAGGUUUUGGGUUUCUCACCGAUGAUCAAUACUCCUGUUCUUGUGCAUGAUCAUAACGAGUUUCUUAAAGAUACUGUGUUUAUGAAAGGAAUUGAAGUAUAUGAAUCGGUUAUUAGCGCUCUAUGUUCCUUUGAUGGAGUAUAUGAUCAAGUGAUUUGA